GGCUCUAUGGAUGGGCCUCGAUAGUCUGUCGGCUGUAGUCGGUCACUCGGCUUGCUUCACACCGAAAGCUACAGUAGGCUAUGUUGAUUCUGGUGUUUUCCCGACCUCAUUGGGUUCGGUAAAACGACAUCCUCGGAGCCGGGUUCGGGAAAGGGGACUAGGUAUCCGGCUCGGAGAGUGGCCACCUUGCACGGUGCGAAAACGGGGUAUUUGUGCUGGGAAGAGGCGUGGGGCCUCGAUCGGCGGGGGCUGCACGGAGGGACAGGCGUACCGACCGAGUCGGGCUGGAUGCGCUGGACUCGGCCCGGAGCGCUGCGGUUCCAGCAAAGCACCAUACCACAGCCCCAGACAGAAAGACGGAGACACGGACGUCGCUGUCUCCAUUCCGGACUAUAACACCAUUUAUUAUUGUUAUAACGGUUCUAUACUGUAGAGGAGAUCAGGUGAGCUCACUGACAGUCUAGACUGCAGCUGUCAAGCUAUUUCAGUCCGGACCGACUGGUUUUGGGAGAACGAACGGACCGACUGCUGGACUCAGCUUGGACCGGGUCCUGGAGAGUCCAGGGCGGGUUGUGGAGCUCGGAUCGCCCGCUGACGGCCUGCCAUCAUGGGCAACGUGCCCACGGCCAAGAAGGGGAGCGAGAUGGAGAGUGUGAAGGAGUUCCUGGCUAAAGCCAAAGAGGACUUUCUCAAGAAGUGGGAGAACCCUGAACAGAACACAGCGAGUCUGGAUCAGUUUGAGCGGUUGAAAACUCUGGGUACGGGUUCGUUUGGCCGCGUCAUGCUGGUCAAGCACAAAGAGACCGGGCAACACUUUGCCAUGAAGAUCCUCAACAAGCAGAAGGUUGUGAAGCUGAAACAGAUAGAACACACUCUGAAUGAGAAGCGUAUUCUGACGGCUGUCAGCUUCCCUUUCCUGGUACAAGUAGAGUUCUCCUUCAAGGACAACACUAACCUGUACAUGGUGAUGGAGUAUGUACCUGGUGGAGAGAUGUUCUCUCAUCUACGACGAAUCGGCAGGUUCAGUGAGCCUCAUGCUCGGUUCUACGCGGCUCAGAUCGUUCUGACCUUUGAGUACCUCCACGCCCUGGACCUCAUCUACCGAGACCUGAAACCGGAGAACCUUCUCAUAGACCAGCAGGGCUACAUACAGGUGACAGAUUUUGGUUUUGCUAAGCGUGUGAAAGGUCGAACCUGGACACUGUGUGGAACCCCAGAGUACCUGGCCCCAGAGAUCAUCCUCAGCAAGGGGUAUAACAAAGCGGUAGACUGGUGGGCGUUGGGUGUGUUGGUCUAUGAGAUGGCAGCCGGUUAUCCUCCCUUCUUCGCUGACCAGCCCAUACAAAUUUACGAAAAGAUUGUCUCUGGGAAGGUGCGUUUCCCCUCCCACUUCAGCUCUGACCUGAAGGAUCUGUUGAGGAAUCUACUACAGGUGGACCUGACCAAGCGCUAUGGCAACCUGAAGAACGGCGUCAACGACAUCAAGGGACACAAGUGGUUCGCCACCACAGAUUGGAUCGCCGUAUACCAGAGAAAGGUGGAGGCCCCGUUCGUUCCUAAGUUCAAAGGCCCAGGUGACACCAGCAACUUUGAGGAGUACGAAGAGGAGGAGAUCAGAGUCUCCAUCAGUGAACAGUGUGCCAAGGAGUUCACUGACUUCUAGACCCAACCAGAGAGAGAGGGAUUGAAGGAAGAAGAUAGAGAAGGAGAGGGAAGAAAGGAGUGGGAGAGGGAGAAGGAAGGAAGGAAGGAAGGAAGGAAGGAAGGAAGGAAGGAAGGAAGGAAGGAAGGAAGGAAGGAAGGAAGGAAGGAAGGAAGGAAGGAAGGAAGGAAGGAAGGAAGGAAGGAAGGAAGGAAGGAAGGAAGGAAGGAAGGAAGGAAGGAAGGAAGGAAGGAAGGAAGGAAGGAAGGAUAGGGAGAAGGAAGAAGAGAUGGGAGGGAGGGAGAGAGAGGGAAGGUAGACUGGAGUACUGUCUCCUGUUGAAUCACAAGCACCAGCUACGAGAGGGAUAGAAGAAGAGAGGGAGAGAAGAUGCGGAGAGAAGAAGAGAGGGAGAGAAGAAGAUGCGGAGAGAAGAAGAUGCGGAGAGAAGAAGCUGCGGAGAGAAGAAGAUGCAGAGAGAAGAAGAGAGGGAGAGAAGAAGAGGGAGAGAAGAAGAGGGAGAGAAGAAGAUGCGGAGAGAAGAAGAGAGGGAGAGAAGAUGCGGAGAGAAGAAGAUGCGGAGAGAAGAAGAUGCGGAGAGAAGAAGAUGCGGAAAGAAGAAGAGAGGGAGAGAAGAAGAGAGGGAGAGAAGAUGCGGAGAAAGAAGAGAGGGAGAGAAGAAGAGGGAGAGAAGAAGAGGGAGAGAAGAAGAUGCGGAGAGAAGAAGAGGGAGAGAAGAAGAUGCGGAGAGAAGAAGAUGCAGAGAGAAGAAGAUGCGGAGAGAAGAAGAUGCGGAGAGAAGAAGAGAGGGAGAGAAGAAGAUGCGGAGAGAGGGAGAGAAGAAGAGGGAGAGAAGAAGAGGGAGAGAAGAAGAUGCGGAGAGAAGAAGAGAGGGAGAGAAGAUGCGGAGAGAAGAUGCGGAGAGAAGAAGAUGCGGAGAGAAGAAGAUGCGGAGAGAAGAAGAGAGGGAGAGAAGAUGCGGAGAGAAGAAGAUGCAGAGAGAAGAAGAGAGAGGAGAGUAAACCAGCAGUGUUGCCUUUUCUGUCCCAUUUGUGUUUUUCUACUGUUAUUUAUUUAUUAUGUAGUGUAUUUUUAUGUUUCAUCCUUUAUGGAGUGUUGGAGUGGGACCUGUCUCUGUAACAACUGUCUCCUAACUACCAUAUUGGGACAGGGCCAUUCUCUGUAACAACUGUCCCCUAACUACCAUAUUGGGACAGGCACCUGUCUCUGUAACAACUGUCUCCUAACUACCAUAUUGGGACAGGCACCUGUCUCUGUAACAACUGUCUCCUAACUACCAUAUUGGGACAGGCACCUGUCUCUGUAACAACUGUCUCCUAACUACCAUAUUGGGACAGGCAUCUGUCUCUGUAACAACUGUCUCCUAGCUACCAUAUUGGGACAGGCGCCUGUCUCUGUAACAACUGUCUCCUAACUACCAUAUUGGGACAGGCGCCUGUCUCUGUAACAACUGUCUCCUAACUACCAUAUUGGGACAGGCACCUGUCUCUGUAACAACUGUCUCCUAACUACCAUAUUGGGACAGGCGCCUGUCUCUGUAACAACUGUCUCCUAGCUACCAUAUUGGGACAGGCACCUGUCUCUGUAACAACUGUCUCCUAACUACCAUAUUGGGACAGGGUGUUUCUCUGUAACAACUGUCUCCUAACUACCAUAUUGGGACAGGCACCUGUCUCUGUAACAACUGUCCCCUAACUACCAUAUUGGGACAUGGCAAUCCUCUGUAACAACUGUCUCCUAACUACCAUAUUGGGACAGGGCCAUUCUCUGUAACAACUGUCUCCUAACUACCAUAUUGGGACAGGCCCCUGUCUCUGUAACAACUGUCUCCUAACUACUGUAUUGGGACAGGGACAUUCUCUGUAACAACUGUCCCCUAACUACCAUAUUGGGACAGGGCCAUUCUCUGUAACAACUGUCUCCUAACUACCAUAUUGGGACAGGGCAAUUCUCUGUAACAACUGUCUCCUAACUACCAUAUUGGGACAGGUUCAUUCUCUGUAACAACUGUCUCCUAACUACCAUAUUGGGACAGGGUAAUUAUCUGUAACAACUGUCUCCUAACUACCAUAUUGGGACAGGGCAAUUCUCUGUAACAACUGUCUCCUAAGUACCAUAUUGGGACAGGGCCAUUCUCUGUUACAACUGUCUCCUAACUACCAUAUUGGGACAUGCACCUGUCUCUGUAACAACUGUCUCCUAACUACCAUAUUGGGACAGGGGUUUUCUCUGUAACAACUGUCUCCUAACUACCAUUUUGGGACAGGCAUCUGUCUCUGUAACAACUGUCUCCUAACUACCAUAUUGGGACAGGCAUCUGUCUCUGUAACAACUAUCUCCUAACUACCAUAUUGGGACAGGCACCUGUCUCUGUAACAACUGUCUCCUAUGUACUAGGAUAGCAUAUUGCUCCACACAUACUGGUAUUUGUUCUGAAUGGCCCCCUGUUCCCUAAAUAGUGCACUACUUUUCACCAGAACCCUAUGGGCUCUGGUCAAAAGUAGUGCACUCUAAAGGGAAUAGGGUACCAUUUGGGACAAACGCACAACACUCUGCACUCACCUCCCCCACCCUCCCCCUCUCCUACCCCCCUUGUUGUGUGUCGUCACCCCCCCGGUGGACCAAGCUCGAGGAAGCUACAGAAGGUCUUGAUGUUAUUGUUCCCAGUGUGGUGUGUUCUUCUUGUCCUUGUGUUAAUACAUACACUUCUGUCUUGACACUAGUUCCAUUCAGAUGAAUAAUAAUAAUAAUAAUAAUAAGGCACAUAGCAGACGCUUCUUUCCAACGCGACGGUCAGGGGUUCUGUUGUCUGGGUGUGCCCAGCGGGAAUUGAACCUCUCGUGUCGUGAUGCUCUUAUCAACUGAGCGUCGUGGAACCAGUUCAUGUUCUGCCUUCUUAAUGACCGGCAUUCCUUUUCUCAAAUCCGGCCUCGUAGUUUACUCAUUCUCACGUUAAACACGUCUCAACUCAUUCCUUUUCUCAAAUCCGGCCUCGUAGUUUACUCAUUCUCACGUUAAACACGUCUCAACUCAUUCCUUUUCUCAAAUCCGGCCUCGUAGUUUACUCAUUCUCACGUUAAACACGUCUCAACUCAUUCCUUUUCUCAAAUCCGGCCUCGUAGUUUACUCAUUCUCACGUUAAACACGUCUCAACUCAUUCCUUUUCUCAAAUCCGGCCUCGUAGUUUACUCAUUCUCACGUUAAACACGUCUCAACUCAGUCCUUUUCUCAAAUCCGGCCUCGUAGUUUACUCAUUCUCACGUUAAACACGUCUCAACUCAUUCCUUUUCUCAAAUCCGGCCUCGUAGUUUACUCAUUCUCACGUUAAACACGUCUCAACUCAUUCCUUUUCUCAAAUCCGGCCUCGUAGUUUACUCAUUCUCACGUUAAACACGUCUCAACUCAUUCCUUUUCUCAAAUCCGGCCUCGUAGUUUACUCAUUCUCACGUUAAACACGUCUCAACUCAUUCCUUUUCUCAAAUCCAGCCUCGUAGUUUACUCAUUCUCACGUUAAACACGUCUCAACUCAGUCCUUUUAUCAAAUCCAGCCUCGUAGUUUACUCAUUCUCACGUUAAACACGUCUCAACUCAUUCCUUUUCUCAAAUCCGGCCUCGUAGUUUACUCAUUCUCACGUUAAACACGUCUCAACUCAUUCCUUUUCUCAAAUCCGGCCUCGUAGUUUACUCAUUCUCACGUUAAACACGUCUCAACUAAUUUAACAUCUUGAAUUAGAAAGGUGUCAUUACAUUCUCUGACUCCAUUGUCCAGGUUUGAAAAUACCAUUAUAUUGUCAUUAUUAUUAUUACAUUGUCUUAACACUCUUCUCCUUUGAAUACAAUUCCAUAUUCUCUUCUACUCUUUAAUGUCGUGUUCCGUCGCCUAAUAUCAUAGGGCACGUCCCAAAUGGCACCAUAUUCCCUACUUAGUGCACUACUUUUGACCCAGGCCUAUAGAGCUCUCUGGCCAAGAGUAGUGCACUAAGUAGGGCACAGUGUUCCAUUUGGGACGUACCCGUGGACAGCUGUUUAUCCCCUCCUUCACAGUCUCCUCAAUGUAUUUCUAGGUCAUCCUCCUCUCAGCCGUGGACAGGCACAAUGCUGGUGUAUAUAUAUAUGUGUACUAUAUACAUACUGUUGCACUUUCUAGGAAAAUACACAAGGCCUGUAGUCUUUUUAAACCAUAUGACUGGGGUUGCACAAUUCUAAAUUCCCUGGUUUUACACAAAUCCUGGCUGGAAGAUUCCUGGGAAUAUGAGGGGAAUAAGCAGGAACUCCGGGACUCCUUCCACCAGGAUUUCUGGGAAAACUGAGAAUUAGUGUAAAGUUGGGGACUGCAGCAGCCCUAUAGGAUCCUCGGCACUCCAAAGGGAGGUGUUUAAAGACACUGUCUAAUACCACAUGAAAAGAAAAACAUUAAAACACAAAGUGUCAUAUUUUGCAACUUGAGUAUCAGUACAAUAAAGUUUUACUUGUUAAAAUGACCAACA